AUGAGGGAUCCAAACAUAAAAAUAAGUAAAUAUCGUAUGAUAUGUUUCAUUGUUUUGGCGGCAACUAUCGGAUGUUUUGUGUAUUUUACAACAAACAGUAAUAAUUGUUCAGACAGUAGCAAUCUUUCAAACAGUAACAAUAUUUCAAACAGUGACAAUCUUUCAAGCAGUAACAAUCGUUCAAUCAGUGACAAUCUUCCAAACAGUGACAAUUAUUCAAACAGUAAAUUAUUCAAACGUCAUUCAAAGAGACAAAAUAGCAGUAAUGAUACUCAAUAUUUCACAUGGGAUAAUAAACCUGUCAAUUUGACUAUUAUCCCAAACGCCGCAUAUAAAAAAAUAUUUUAUGGAAUGGAUUAUGGUCCUGUAAAUGCUACUUAUCCUUUGUGCGGAAACACUUUGGCAAUCCUUAAAUUAAAUUUGGGCAUGACUAUUGUUCCCACUAUUUGGGUUGAUAAUAAUGAUACUACUUAUCAAAGACAAUUUGAUCUUUUAUUUAAUUUCAUCGAAAAUAUGGUGUAG